AUUCUAGUAUGGUGGCGAUGUCCAAUGAUGAUUUAUGCACUCUCAAAGCAUUAAUGUAUGGUUACGGUACUGUUUGUUUUUAUUGAUAUUAACAACGUAGCUGUAUCAGGUCUGGUGUCAUUUCAGACUGCUCAACAAGGAAAACUGCCCGAGUUUGUGCGCGUGGUAGAAGUUGGACCCAGGGAUGGCCUUCAGAAUGAACCAAUUUCAGUGCCCACUGAAGUGAAAAUAGAGUUUAUUAAUAGAUUGUCUCAAACAGGAUUAAAAGUAAUCGAAGCCACCAGUUUUGUAUCACCAAAAUGGGUUCCUCAAAUGGCAGACCACAGUUCUGUUCUGCAAGGCAUCACCAGGAAACCUGGCGUGAGCUACCCAGUCUUGGUACCCAACCUAAAGGGACUUGAAGCUGCUAUAUCUGCGGGAGCGGAGGAGAUUGCUGUGUUUGGAGCUGCCUCAGAGACAUUCAGCAAGCGCAACAUCAACUGUUCCAUCGCAGAGAGUCUGGUCAGGUUCAGGGAGAUCACAAGGGUAGCUCUAGACCGCGGUCUCAGGGUCAGAGGAUACGUGUCAUGUGUCUGCGGCUGUCCGUAUGAAGGAGACAUUCCCCCACAUCAAGUCGUCAAGGUAGUGCAAGCCAUGCUGGACAUGGGAUGCUACGAGAUAUCUCUGGGAGACACUAUCGGUAUUGGCACUCCAGGGAGUGUGAGGAGAGUGUUGGAGGCAGUCUUAGCUGUCGUACCUUCUCACAACAUUGCUGUCCACUGUCAUGAUACUUAUGGGCAAGCUUUACCGAAUAUACUUGUUGCAUUACAGAUGGGGGUGAGUGUGGUGGAUGCGGCAGUGUCAGGAUUAGGCGGGUGUCCGUACGCUCGUGGGGCGUCAGGUAAUGUGGCCACAGAAGAUUUGGUCUACAUGCUGCACGGUUUGGGCAUCAACACAGGCGUGGAUCUGCCCGCUCUUAUCAGUGCCGGCCAAUAUAUCUGCACAUUCCUCAACAAACAGACAGAGUCUAAGACAGCUCGUUGUCUCAUAAAAAAAGAUAAACUUUCUUCCUUGAAUAGUUGAAGAUGUAAAUCUCUUGAGUCAAAGGUAUAAUGCGAGAAAUUUUUCGUUUUUUUCACGGAAGGAACUGUAAUAUGUUGUACAUAUAUUUUUUAAUUAAAAUUUUUAUACUUUGAUUA